AUGGGGCCGAAGCGGCUGAUCCAUGGAUGUACCUUCCUCCGGGAAGGUCAAGGUGGCCCUCGUGCAAAGGCCGAUGUGGCAGGACAGGACGGGCGGGGGUGGGGGAUCCCGGCGGUGUGGGGGGGCGGCAGCGGCGCGGGAGAUGGCAGGGCACCGUAUCCGUGGUUGAAGCAGGGGAGGGCCCUGACGGCGGCGCUGUAUGUGGCCGGGGCCAGCCGGCGGCGCGGGAGGUGGCGGUGGCCCGGCAGCAGCGCGGGAGGUGGCCGGGGCCGCCGGCGGCGCGGGGUAGGGAGGGAGGCGGCGGUGGCGCGAUGCAGUUCCCGGAAGGCGCCAGAUGGGAUCGGGGGAGAGGCCGCCGGCGAGCGGCAGGGGGCCGGCCGGGGCACGCGGUCGAUCUUACAGCGGGGCGACGACCGGCGAUGCGAGGCGACGGGGACGGGCCGGGGCGGCGAUGGGACGCGCGCGACGGGGGUGGCGACGACGUACGGGCCGGGACAGGCGGGGGCGCGGCGACGCGGGGCAGCGAACGACGGUGACGGGCUGGGGCGGUGA